AUGGAGAAUUUGCCUGAAUCGUUGUAUGUGGAUCCGGAAGGUGGUUCUAGCUCUAAUUCCGCCCCAAAGAACACCGCCAGACGACAACCACAACCACAACAGUUCUCGGCGUCUGAUCGUGCUGAAAUUCAGCAGUUGAUCAACUUGCUUAACCACCCUCAUACAAGAGCUGAGGCUAUUACGCAGCUCAACAGGGUGUACACGAGGCACAAGUUGUUUGUUCAAAAUCUGUUUUCUCCCCAAUCUACUGUUCUUAUAGCGUCGAAAUUGGUGAUGAGAGUUUUCCGAUCACUUUAUAAGUCGUCGGCGACGCCACACCGGUCUUGUGAUAUCAGAUCACAUUCAAAUGAUGAGAAAAGAAAGACUUUGUUGUUUAGCAAUGGAAAAGGAGGUCGUGAGUUGGGGUUGCUACUUUGGAAUUCAAGAGACACAAUCUUUUCAUUGUUGGAGGAACUUUUGGGGGUAUACAAGUUGUUGUCGCCUCCUAAGCUUGGUAUGGGGGAAGCUACAAGAGUUUGUAAUGCACUGGCCUUACUUCAGUGCAUUGCAACUCAUCCCGAUACAAGACUCGAACUUCUCAAAGCCCAUAUACCUGUAUACAUAUACCCUUUUCUCAACACCACUGAGAAACAACUUGUGCACUAUGAUUACUUGCGAGUUAACAGCCUAGGAACAAUGCCCAAAAACUGA